AUGGUUGCUAGUAAUAACGUAAGUCAAGCUGCCUCACCACGUUCCGAAUCCUAUGGUCCUGGAGUUCUGCAAAUGGUUGUUGACAAUGUGUUGAGUGGAUCACCAGCUUCUGUCAAGACAAGAUUGAUUGCUCCAUAUCUUAUGAAAGGUGACAACGUUAUCGGUGGGCCAUCCGCAAUGCAAUCUUCUGCACCAAGUUACGGAUACGAGCCUUGGAAUGUGCCCUAUGCAACGAACCCUCCACUCAGCGUACCUUCAAACAUCGAAAACUCUCAGAAUGGCUAG